AUGCUGUGCCGUACCUUUUUACGGCAAUUCAGGAUGAGUGGUGGGGAUAUGUUUGUGGAGUAUAAAGUGCUUUCCCGUGACCAUAGGCGGUCGAUUCGUGUUGAGGACGCGAUUGUGGAUCCAACAUUCAAACGGACCGUUUUGCCGCUUAGUUGGUUAGAAUUACUUCGUAGUCCCUCACUUAGACUACCAACAGGCUAUUUUGUGGAGGAGACUGUGCAUGUGUCUUUACCCAACGCAACCUCCAAUGGAGGUAAAAAGGAGGCGAGGCCUCAGAAGGGCGGCUUUGCAUCAGGGUCGCCAUCUGUUGGGCGGAAUGAAGCAAAUGCGAUUAUAGCUGGCCCCGUCGUUUUAUACAUCACCGGUCAAAGUGUACCUGUUGUGCUGAACCCGUAUUUUGUGCCGGAGGGUACUUGGGACAUGAGGACAAGAGAUGGUGAGUUGGAUCUGCGGCUCGGCAUGGACGCAAUCGAGCAAUGCACACUGUUCAGUGAGCUGCGGCCGGGGGGUUUGCUUUACGGGAAGUUGCCCGAAAAUCCAAAUGUCCGUCGCAACGAGUCUCUACGUGCGACACUCGGACGUUAUGGCAUGAAGUGUGAUCUUGCCGAGUCGCCACUAGUACCGCGUCCUUGGACACGAAUGCGGUAUAUGUUUAUCGAUGAGCUGCAGCGCGGCCCCAAACUGACUGAAUUUGUCGGUCACAAUCCACGAAACGGAACUCCUUGGCGCUUCUCACAGAAUACUAAAUAUUUCCGCAUCGGAAUAUGGAGAGAUACUAUUCGCCGUAACGAUAUGAAUGAAGGGCUUCAUGCCCACAGCAGCUGGCAGAAAUCACCGCAACAGUCCGUGCCUGAGGUUCGCUUCCUGGCACCUUAUCCGUAG